GCGCGCGGUCACGUUUUCCACUAUGUGACAGCGGCGGGGUGGCGGCGGCGGCGCUGGGGGCUACGAGCUGCUGUGAGCCGCGGCGGGCGCGGGGCAGAGCGGACGCACCGACUGGCCGACCGAGGGACGCACCGGCCGACAGACGAGGACGCAGCUGGCGCUUCAUUCUGAAGCCCGACAUGAACAGAUAUGCAGAGUUUCCCUCCAGCUCCAGUAACCCCACCGAGGAGCCCAUGGAGCCCAAGCCCAGCCAGGCCCCCCCACUCCAGGACGACGUGGACAUGAGUGGGGGCUCCAGUGGAAAUGAGGCCACUGAGAACUGCUCCACAGGGCGGGACUCCCAGGGCAGUGACUAUGACGACAGCAGGAAGGAGCUGGGGAUGCUGGUGGAGCCGCCGGACGUCCACCAGAGUCCGAAUGCCUUUAGCCUGAUGAUGGCCACUUCUGAACACAACCCCUCUACGAGUGGGUGCAGUAGUGACCAGUCUGCCAAAGCAAACACACACAAAGAACUGAUAAAAACACUGAAGGAGCUGAAGGUCCACCUCCCUGCAGAUAAGAAGGCCAAGGGGAAGGCCAGCACACUGGCAACUCUGAAGUAUGCCCUGAAGAGUGUGAAGCAAGUGAAAGCUAAUGAAGAGUAUUACCAGCUGCUGAUGUCCAGUGAGAGCCAGCCCUGCGGAGUGGAUGUGCCCUCCUACACCAUGGGGGAGAUGGAGAGUGUGACCUCCGAGUACAUCGGGAAGAAUGUGGAUAUGUUUGCAGUGGCCGUGUCCCUGGUGACUGGGAAAAUCCUAUACAUUUCUGACCAAGUCAGUUCCAUAUUUCACUGUAAAAGAGAAGCCUUCAGUGAUGCCAAGUUUGUGGAGUUCCUGGCGCCUCACGAUGUCAGUGUGUUCCACAGCUUCACCACACCUUGCAAGCUGCCCUUGUGGAGCCUGUGUGGCAGGGCAGAUUCUUUUACUCAAGAAUGCAUGGAGGAGAAAUCUUUCUUCUGCCGUGUCAGUGUCGGGAAGAACCACGAGAACGAGAUUCGCUACCACCCGUUCCGCAUGACGCCCUACCUGGCUAAGGUGUGGGACCAGCAGGGUGGGGAGAGACAGUUCUGCUGCCUCCUGCUGGCAGAGCGCGUGCACUCAGGCUAUGAAGCUCCUAGAAUUCCUCCUGAAAAGAGAAUUUUUACAACCACCCACACACCAAAUUGUUUGUUCCAGGACAUAGACGAAAGGGCAGUCCCCCUGCUGGGCUACCUACCUCAGGACCUGAUCGAGACCCCUGUGCUCCUGCAGCUUCACCCCAGCGACAGGCCCUUGAUGCUGGCUGUCCACAAAAAGAUCCUGCAGUCCGGUGGGCAGCCUUUUGAUUAUUCCCCCAUCCGCUUCCGGGCCCAGAAUGGAGAGUACAUCACACUGGACACCAGCUGGUCCAGCUUCAUCAACCCGUGGAGCAGGAAAAUCUCCUUCAUCAUUGGGAGGCACAAGGUCAGGGUGGGCCCUUUGAAUGAGGACGUGUUCACGGCACACCCAUGCACAGAGGAGAAGACCCCAAGCCCCAGCAUUCAGGAGCUCACGGAGCAGAUCCACCGGCUGCUGCUGCAGCCUGUCCCCCACAGCGGUUCCAGUGGCUACGGGAGUCUGGGCAGCAACGGGUCCCACGAGCACCUCAUGAGCCAGACAUCCUCCAGCGACAGCAACGGCCACGAGGACUCUCACCAGAGAGCCGAAACUUGUAAAAGUAGUAACAGGACCAAAACCAAAAGUCAUUAUUCUCAUGAACCUGGAGAACAAAAGAAAAAGUCCAGUUCAGAAGUGCCAAGUAGUCCCUCAGCUCAGAUGAAAGCUGUACCUGCUGCAGAGAAGGACAGCUCAGGAGCCAGCGUCUCCAAGGCCAGUGUGCCGGAGGACCUGGCCUGCAGGACCCAGCCCGCCUGCUCCUACCAGCAGAUCAGCUGCUUGGACAGUGUCAUCAGGUACUUGGAGAGCUGCAGCGAGGCCACCACUCUGAAGCGGAAGUGCGAGUUCCCAGCCAACAUCCCCACGCUGAGGUCCAGCGACAAGCGGAAGGCCACAGUCAGCCCCAUGCCUGCUGGAGAGGCAGUGUUGCCCUCCAAAGCGAACGGCCACACGGAGGUCAGAACUCGUCUCACCUCGCUGGCUCUGCCCAGCAAGGCUGAGAGCGUGGUGUCCCUCACCAGCCAGUGCAGCUACAGCAGCACCAUCGUCCACGUGGGGGACAAAAAGCCCCAGCCGGAGUUAGAGAUGGUGGAAGAUUCUGUGAGCGGGCCUGAGUCCCUGGACUGCCUGGUGAGCCCUGCCCUGCCUUGUGGCCUCAGCCAGGAAAAGGAGCCCUUCAAGAAGCUUGGCCUCACCAAGGAAGUGCUCGCUGCGCACACCCAGAAGGAGGAGCAGAGCUUCCUGCAAAAGUUCAAGGAAAUAAGGAAACUCAAUAUUUUCCAAUCUCACUGCCAUUAUUACUUACAAGAAAGAUCCAAGGGGCAGUUGAGUGAACAAACUGCCUCUGGACUAAGAAACACUUCCGGAAUAGAUUCAUCUUGGAAAAAAACUGGAAAAAACAGAAAACUGAAGUCCAAACGGGUCAAGCCUCGAGACUCCUCUGACAGCACCGGGUCUGGGGGUCCCGUGCUCCCCCGGCCCCCACUCUUAGGCCUGAAUGCCACUGCCUGGUCACCUUCGGACACAUCCCAGGCCAGCUGCCCUGCCGUGCCCUGUCCUGCUCCAGUGCCCACUUUCUCCCUGCCUGUGUUUCCAGCAGCAGGGACGCUGGCAGCCCCACCUGCAGCUCCUCACUCCAGCUUCACGGUGCCCACUGUGCCCAUGGACGCCCAGAACCAGUUUGCAGUCCAGUCCCCACCCUUCCCUGCACCCUUGGCCCCUGUUGUGGCUUUUGUGCUACCCAGCUACUCCUUCCCCCCGGGGCCCUCAAGCCUGCCACAGGCCUUCUUCCCUGGCCACCCUCACUUCCCCGGCCAUCCCACGCUUGUGACCGAGAUGAGCCCUCCCUCACAGCCCAAGUUCCCAGGCCAGACCUCUACUCUCAGACAACCAUGCACUUGUCCAGCCACCCCAGCCACCCCACCAUUGGCUGUAGGCCGGGCCUCCCCACCACUCUUCCAGUCCCGUGGCAGCUCGCCCCUGCAGCUCAACCUGCUGCAGCUAGAGGAGACUCCUGAGAGUGGCACUGGGACUGUGGGGACAGUGGGAGCCACAGGGAUAGCAGCUGCGGGGCCGGACUGCAAACCUGGCACCUCUCAGAACCGACAGCCAAAGGCUUCUCUGCCUCAGCACGAGUCCUCAGAGGCCCAGAACAGCGAUGCCCUCUCCACGUCCAGCGACCUGCUGAACCUCCUAUUGAACGAAGACCUCUGCUCAGCCUCAGGCUCAGCCCUGUCUGGAAGCGCAGCCUCAGCCACCUCCGACUCACUGGGCUCCAGCUCGCUGGGGGGCAAUGCUUCCCGCAGCGCGGCAGGCAGUAGUGACACAAGUCACACCAGCAAAUAUUUUGGAAGCAUUGACUCUUCAGAGAAUAAUCACAGAGCAAAGCUGAACUCAGGUGUGGAAGGCAGCGAGCACCUCCUCAAGUGUGUCCUGCAGGAUCCCAUCUGGCUGCUGAUGGCAGACACGGACGACAGCGUCAUGAUGACGUACCAGCUGCCAGCCCGGAAUUUAGAAACAGUUUUGAAGGAGGACAGAGAGAAGCUGAAACUAGUGCAGAAGUUCCAGCCCCGGUUCACAGAGAGUCAGAAGCAGGAGCUGGGUGAGGUCCACCCAUGGAUGCGUGUGGGCGGCCUGCCCACAGCCCUCGACGUGGCGGAAUGUGUUUAUUGUGAAAACAAGGAAAAAGGCAAUAUUUGUGUGACAUAUGAGGAAGAUAUUCCUUCUCUGGGACAAAGCGAAGUUUCAGACACCAAAGAAGUGGAAAAUGGACUCCCCUUGAGUCACAAGAAUGAAGAACAGACAUAACCCUGCCCCCACCCGACAGCCAAUGAUCUACAUUAGAUGGUGCUUAGAAGACGGGAAAGAAUCUUUGUUUCUAAUGAAAUGGACACAUACUUAUGUUGCUUUUUUUGUUUUAGAAAAAUAUCAUAGUUUUCUGAAGGGGUGACUUAAAACUGUGGAGGGUGGGAAAGGUUGGGGAAGAAGAGCCUUUUUUUUGUGAGACAGAGUCUCACUUUAUCACCCUUAGUAGAGUGCCGUGGCUUCACGGCUCACAGUAACCUCCAACUCCUGGGCUUAGGCGAUUCUCUUGCCUCAGCCUCCCAAGUAACUGGGACUACAGGCACCCGCCACAACACCCAGCUAUUUUUUUGUUGCAGUUUGGCCAGGGCCGGGUUCAAACCCUUCACCCUUGGUAUAUGGGGCUGGUGCCCUACCCAGUGAGCCACAGGCACCUCCCAGAAGAAGAGCAUUUUUAUAUUUAAAAUAUAAAUAAGGAGUUUCAUGGGAUGGGGGAAGAGAUUUUAUUUGUUAUUUAACUUGAGAAAGAGUGAAACUAUUUGUGAGUGUCAGAAAAGCUGCCUGGCUCUCAGAAGUCGGUCGCCUGUGAUGAGUCCCUGUCUGGUGCCCCACUGGCCACUUCUGGGUCAUCCCAAGGCACCUGCCAGGCUAUGACAAAUGCCCAGGAUGCCACAUAGGACUCCAGGCUUAGGGCUGUGGCCUUCUGGAGCUUUCCCAGGAUGUGUUUGAUCAGAUCAAAUUCUGCCCUCUUUUGGGGGCUGCUUUUUAUCUAAAUUUUAAUUUAGUUGAGCUAGAUUUUCCUUUUAACAUACCAAGUGGAAAAUUAAGCUUCUCUUAAUUUUAUUUCCAAAUACUUUGCAUUAAAUGGUAUGAAGCAUACUGUGGCAAACCAUCAGCUUCGGGCACUGUAGUGGUGGGUAUUUCAAUCUGAUGUCGCUUUUGUUUGUAGUGAACAAAGUUGAAGCAUUUGCUUUGGACUAAAGGAGCCUGGUUGGUUUAUGUGACCAGCUCCACCAGAUUAACGCACACCAGACCCUCUGUGUGUUUCCAUAUUGUUCCUGUCUCCCCUUUUCAGGCUGUGAUGGACAAUAUGUGUAUAAAAGUAUGUUACCAGUCAUACGGUGACUUUCCCCUGCAAAUGAGGCCUUGACCAACAUGCUUAGAGCCCAGUGGUGUUAGGUUGUCUUUUGGCAGAGAGCUGCUGCCACCACCGUGAGGUGUGUCCCCACAGCUUCCAGCUGCAUCUGCGCUGUUGGGGUGCAGUGCUCACUUCGCCCACUGCACCUGGGCUGGGUGCAGGCCCUCACUCUCUUCAGGAGCCCAGUCUCACUGGGUGCAGCACCACAGCUCUGCCAGCACCAUACAAACUUUCACAGCUUUAGACACUUGGGGAAAAGCAAGUUCAAUCUGCCUAACUUUUUACAGAACCUGAUGUUGCAUCAUAUGUCCCAAAGACUUUGGGAAAUUUAAUAAUGAUCCCUGGUGUGACUGAAAUUAUCACUAGUAAAACAAUUGACUUAAAAUUGGACCAAUGCUAUGAAGCUUAAAAGGAAGCAGGGUUUGCCUUGUUCUUUGAUGAGGAAGUGGCUACAAGAAAGGGGAACUGUCCUUAUACUCCAACUGGUUUUCAUAGUAAAACCAUCUUAUGCUUGAAUGUUAGUCUUAUUAAAGGAACACUUUUAUUUUUUAAUUUACAAAGUAGUAUCACCUUCAGAUACUCAGGAUAAGGUUAUAAUCUAUAUGUUUUAUGGAAAUUAGAUGUUACAAACUGCUUUCUGCCUCUAAAGUCAGAUGGUAAGAGAAUAGGUGAUAAUCUAAGGUUACGGGUGUGUUGCCUAAGUACAGAACUGCCAAAACUCACUCUACUGCUAUGAAUGUUUACCCUCAGCAUUAUUUUAUCAUUUAAUAUAUAUUCUUUGGUCAUUAAUUGUGUAGCUUCACGCGCUGAGAAGUUGACUUGAUCAUUUUGUGAUUUUGUUUACAUGAUGCCAAGCAUCGAGUAAUUAUUUUCCUUAGUAUGUGUGCUUUCACAGGUGUUAUAAAAACUUUUUCUCUAUUUUAAACUGAGCCUUCUUUUUAAUAUAUUCCUGAAAGGAUAUGUAAAUAAGCUCUCAGAGUUUGUGCAAUGAUUUGUUGAGCCUUGCCAAACAAGUGGUUUGUUCGUGUACAAACCAAACUUUCUUCACUCAGUGCAAUAUAUUUGUUUGACUGCUUGUGUCUUUUUAUGACCUUUUUGCCUUUUAGAAAAUUGGUAAAUAAAGCAAGUAUAUUUUUAAUUU